GAGCACACGUGGGUUGUUGGCGUUCGAGGAUCAUGGCCUCGAGUGCUUCGUCGACGCUCAUGGCUUUCUGGAACUGGGCGUUCGAUCACAACGGCCUCCUCGAUGAGAACUGUACCGCCGAACGCCGCGCCGUCCAUCAGGCAAACAGCAAUGGCGAGCCCGGCGCUGGCGGCACUGCGACCACCGCGACGGCCGCUAACGCGGAGGGCGCAGAGGCCACCGAGGCCGAGGUCGCAGCGGACGGCGUGGCCAGCGUGCCGACGCGCCACGUGGGGGUGGUGGCGCCGCGUCGGGCCCGGGACGAAGAGCUGCGCAGCCUGUACUUCCAGGACGGGAAGCGCCGCAUCGACUUCGUGCUCGCCUACCAGAAGGGAGACGACUCGGGGGCCGAGAACUACCGGCGCAUCUUCGAGGACAACCUGCUCAAGGAAGGUCUGGACCUCGAACUCGAGGACGCCGCGGCGUCAAGAGACGGCAAGACCAACUUCCUGAAGAUCCAUGCCCCUUGGAAAGUACUCGUAAAAUAUGCAGAGAAGCUUCACCUCCGGAUGCCAAUCAAGAAGCGGGGCAAAGUGGUCGCAUUCCCCACGGUGACGGUUGCGAAGGGCGAGAAGCCCGUCCUACCAGACCUCAAAUCUCCUCAGGUGGGCACAGUGUCCAGGAGACCCCGCAACACGUCGGCGUGGCUUGAGAGUGAAUCAACCGAAAUAGAAAACGAAGGCAAGCCCAAUGCGCUGGAAGCCAUGUGGGCCAAACUAUGGACGCCCUUCCCUUAUAACAAGGAACUCAUACCUGACGAAACACAGUACUUCAACGCGGAGUUUGUGCGCCAGCGAGAGCACAUCGGUGACGAAGAAGAUGACAAUUCGUACCUAAUAAAAAACAAGGAGUCGUUUUUCUCGCAAGCCAUACGGAGUCGCAUUGCGUGGGAAGUGCUUAUGCGAACUACGUACGAUGACAACGAUCGACAAAAAGGCAUAUACAGGCUCCUCAACGAACAGGUCUAUCUGGCAGCUUACCCUCUGCACGACGGUCCCUGUGGCAGCGGAUCGUUCGAUCCUCUUACAGAAGUUCCUACAGAAAGAAGGCUUCUCUACAGCGAAUGGGCCCGGCCGGCAUCCUGGUACAAGCAGCAGCCAUUGGUCCUCAUCAGGCGCUACUUCGGCGAGAAGACUGGCCUCUACUUCGCCUGGCUAGGUUUCUACACGUCCAUGCUAUUUCUCCCCGCUGUGGUGGGAGUUAUGACGACGUUGUACGGAAUCUUCGAAAUGGCCACGAACACACCUACGAAAGAGACCUGCGACCCCAACAUCGCCGGAAGUUUUGUACUCUGCCCAGGCUGCAAGAAGCGCUGUACUUACGACUACCUUUACACCAAGUGCACUUUUAGCAAGAUCGUGUACAUGUUUGAUAACCCGGCCACCGUAGGAUUUUCAAUAUUCAUGGCACUUUGGGCCACCAUUUUCAUAGAACUCUGGAAAAGACGCCAGUGCGUCCUUGGCUGGGAAUGGAAUCUCGCCGAUAUUGACACGCUCACGCAAUACACUCUUCCUUAUUUUCCACGCAUACCGGGACGGCAGUCGGCUCAAGACGUUGUUAACCCGGAGUACGAAGCCAAGGCAACGGUGUACAAGCUGAAUCCAGUGACUAUGAGGUAUGAACCAUACGUGCCUUUCUGGGAGAAGGCAAUCAGGAUAUCAGGGGCCAAUUCCGUCGUCCUAUUCAUGUUGUGCUUGGUGAUAUGCACGGUGUUCGGCAUCAUCGCCUACCGCAUCAUUCUGGUGGCGCUGCUGUCUCGAGACCAGAACUGGCGCGCACUGGCCCAUGUCACCACGGCGGUAACGGCCUCGAUGCUCAACCUGGUCAUCAUCUUGCUCAUGAACAGGGUAUACAGCAGGAUAGCCACCCGGCUGACAGACAUUGAACGCCCGAGGACGCAGCGGGAAUACGAAGACAGCUUCACGUUCAAGAUGUUCCUGUUCACGUUCCUCAACACCUACUCUUCGCUGAUAUACAUCGCAUUCUUUAAAGGAAGGUUCUCCGGGCACCCAGGCAAGGAGGGAACACUUUUUGGAUACAGCUUGGACAAGUGCGAAGGUGGCUGCCUGUACGAAGUGUGCGUUCAACUGGCAAUAGUCAUGGUGGGCAAACAAGUCAUCAACAACAUUCAGGAAAUCGGACAGCCACUGGUCAUGAAUUGGUGGCGAUCCUGGCGGCGGGAUCACAGGGCCCGUGACAUUGGCGAUCGCAAAAGCUGCGUGGCUCGCUGGGAGGCUGACUACGUGCUGGCGCAGUGGCACACGCUCUCUCUCUUCGACGAGUACCUGGAGAUGGCCAUUCAGUUCGGUUUUGUCACCCUCUUCGUGGCCGCAUUCCCGCUGGCGCCACUGUUUGCGCUCCUCAACAACAUCGUGGAAAUCCGCCUGGACGCCUACAAGUACACCUCGCAGAUGCGCCGGCCGCUUGCCGAGAGGGUGCCAAACAUUGGUGCCUGGCAGGUGAUACUUAAGGGCGUCUCCGUAUUUGCUGUCAUCUGCAACGCGUUCCUGAUCGCCUAUACCAGUGACUUCAUUCCGCGCAUGCUGUACCGCAUGGUGCACACCAAGAACCACAGCCUGCACGGGUUUGUCAACUUCACGCUGUCCUCGUUCGACACGAGCGACUUCGACGACGAGACUCGGCCGGACAACGCCACGCUGGACGGAAUCACCGUCCGCCACUGCAGGUACCUCGACUACCGUGAGCCACCCGGCUCGGGAAACGCGUACCAGCUCACCCUGACGUACUGGCACAUAUUCGCCGCAAGGCUCUUCUUCGUUGUUGUUUUUGAGCAUGUGGUCUUCUGCAUAACGGGUCUCGUGGCCGCCCUGAUACCGGACGUUCCCCGGUCGGUUCAGCAGCGGAUCAAGCGGGAGCAGAUCGUGGCGCAGGACACCAUCGCUGGACUGGACUGCGGCCAACAGCCCCAGCCCCGCAAAGGAUCCAGGAGUGGCUCUUCGGCCCACACUCUUCGAAGGAGUGUGGCCGUGUUGUGGACUGACGCGGAGUCAAGCCCGUGCUCCAGUAAGCAACCAUCGUCAUGGUCGACAACUGCCGGCGUCACUUGAAAUCCAUGGUCACUUGGCGCAGAAGGGGCUGUGCUUCAGCCAAUGCCGCAGGGCUUCAUAUCUACAAGUUUUAUGGGCUUCAAACAGUUGGUUUUUAUUGACGCGCCAGGCCGUGGUUGUGAUUUCGCUUCGCACUCUUCGUGCAUUUCAAGAGGCGGCUUCUCCGAGGCUUGCAUGCUAAUUCCUGUGUUCAAGACAAGUCCAGUGACAUUUCCCCGCCGCCACCCGUACACCUCAACGUCUUCGCCUUGCAUCUGGACUCGAAUCAAGCGUUCAGGGUCGCCUUCACUAGUACAGGAGGACGAUUUUUCUUCAGCCAUGGCAGCCGUUGUGGACCAUGCACCACUGAUCAAGUCUUCAGGAUGACGACGGAGGGAUAGUUGCUUGCACGAACUCUUUCCCUUGUCCGUGAACUGCGUGUACUAUCCAACUCCUGGUACAUACUGCACCGUGAAAGUGUACCGUACAGCUUGUGCCGUGGACACUCAUUCAUUCUGGUGUCGAAAGCACGGGUUUGUUGAACAAGCACCCCAACAAUUACAUAGUUGGCCAAGCGGGCAGCCGUGGUUAGUAGAACACUUCUAUUGAUAUGAAAAUGGAAAUUGUGUACAGAGACCCCACGACCACCCGACGUCAGCGAUAAUGAUGUGGACGCUCUGAGAAGAGAAUGAACCGUUCUUCAUUUAAACAGUGUCAUGCCCUUGAACCAUGAACCUGUGUGAGUGCCUCCUUUCGGUUGUAUUCAAGGAAAUGUAGCUAAAUGGGUGUCCGCGCCAAGGCAGUGCAGCUGUACGAUAGUGCAUGGUUUGUGUUCCUGUGACAUCUCGCAGAAAAGGAGAAGCCUGUUUGGCUCGCCCAUGAACUUGCUAGUUCCAGUUUCGAGGCUGGACAGCACGCUGUUGAACUCGGGAGGUCGUAUCGGGCGUGGUCCGGCAUACUGGCCCGGUGGCGUAGACCUAGCGCUCCAAGGCAGAGUGCGCUCCCCAAAUGCAGACUGGACCUUAUGGCGAUAACUGUCAUAUCAGACUUUUAUUCACUUACUUGCAGUUUUCUUUCGUGAGUGGCUGUGUGGUGGUAUCGCUAAACACACAUGGACGCACAUAAUCAUCGUAGCGAAAAACAUCCCAAGCCUGACAUCAAGACGCAAAAUAGUGUGGGAAAAGAAGUCUAGGGACUGUCUGGUUUUUAUUGCUGUAGAUGUGUUCGAACACUGGCCUGCACUAUAGCUUAUAGCGUGUACACACGCCGAUAUAACGUUACUAUGAGCGGCACCAUCAGAGAUUUUGUGCGGAACCCUCCGUGGUUGCUCAGUGGCUUUGGUGUUGGGCUGCUGAGCACAAGGUCGCGGGAUCUAAUCCCGGCCACGGCGGCGGCAUUUCGAUGGGGGCGAAAUGCGAGAACACCCGUGUGUUUCGGUUUAGUUGCACGUUAAAGAUCCCCAGGUGGUCGAAAUUUCCGGAGUCCUCCACUACGGCAUGCCUCAUAAUCAGAAAGUGCUUUUGGCACUUUCUGAUUAUACCCAAACCCCAUAAUUUAAUAACUUUGUGCGGAGCGCGUGCUCUAGCCAAUAUGUGGUGAACAAAGUCUCAUUCGGCUUAUCUGUAAAGAUAAGCUGAAUGUCAAGCAACAUGGUACGUGCCGUUCCGCUCCUGCAAAUAACUCCGUUUUUUCUUUAAAAGUUGCCGGGAACAACAAUAGCUCCAUCAUCGGGCCUUUCUCUGUAGUUUUCACUGUGGCGUCCCUAAAGAACGAACGACGCCUGCAUGUGGUUUUGGUUUUCUUUUUGAUCUCUCUGUCCUUACUUCUGAGAUAACAUGUUGGCAUGUAUUAGGAGAAACAAUGAUACAGAAACAUCAACAUUUCUUACGGCUGUCGUCAGUGCAGUUCAAUUUUCAAAUAUUCUUAUGCACUGAAUGAUCAAUAGUGCCGACCAAGCGAAUCAUCACCCUGGUGCCGGUGUUUCGAAAAGGGCAUUUUAAUGUCCUCACGAAGACAAGGUCCUCUUGUGAAAACGUAGUCUCCAAGCUGAGGCUUCUUUUGUUUGCGCCACGCUGUUGAUCAACUCGUCUUAAUCCUCUCAUAUUGCCUCUCUAAGGUCCUUUGAAAUUUUAUGGUGGCAAUUAUUACAAAUUGUAUAUGGCAUCUUAAGUUGAAUUUCUUUAAGUAUGAUGCUGUUAUGACCACUAUGAUAAGUGAGGUUAUGUAACUGAGAGGACGAGAGGCAGGAAAUAAUGUACCUUCCCCAGCAUAACUGAAGCCCUAGUCCUGGUCUCUUUGGUGGGCUUUGACCUCCUAGCCUGGGAUAUUCAUUGUGCCGUACCAAAAGCAACCACCACGCUUUGCCUAAUAUCCGGGGAAACAGCGACUAUGUCCUUUUAGCUGCCGAAGCACUUAUGUAUGGCCUCUGAGAAUAGGUGGCGCAACAGUUGCUGCGGUCACCGCGUCUCCGAGGUCAUGGCUCAUGAAGCUUGAUUACUGGUCUCGUCAGAGGGUAUCGCUGUAUUUCUUUUUGUACAAUGUGCCUAAACUUUGAGGUUGUAUCACUUCAUACGCGUUCUUUGAAAAAUAAUGGUUGUAUUUAUUGCGGGAAGUUAAUUGAAUUAUGUAUUGCCAGUGUUGUAACACAAGUACCCCCGCUGUAGACAGGACGGGUGAAUACAUUGGAUAGCAGCAGUGUGUGCUCAUUGAUUUCUGCCCUAUAUAAUUGGUUCAAGAACUGCACCACUACGUGUCAACAUACUGCGAAGUACAAUCUCGGCCUGCUCCGCA